CUGUGCAAAGUUGAACAGUUUUGUUGGUAACUGGAGAUAUUGGAGUUUUGAAUUAUUUCUUUGUCUCGUUGAAGAUUUCAUAAUGGGUUCAGUGAAGCUGGGAAAUCCUAUUAACACAAAUAAAUGGUUGGAGGAAAAUAAACCAUCAUUUGUGCCUCCUGUUUGCAACAAACUCAUGUAUGGUAAAGGUCAGUUGAAGAUAAUGUACGUUGGUGGACCAAACACAAGGAGUGACUUCCAUAUUGAAGAAGGAGAGGAAUUUUUCUACAUGGUAAAAGGUAACAUGUGUCUAAAAGUUAUGGAACAAGGGAAGCCGAAGGAUGUAAUUAUUAAAGAAGGAGAGGUGUUUCUUUUGCCUUGUCAUAUUCCACAUAGUCCUCAACGGUUGGAAAAUACUGUUGGCUUGGUUAUUGAAAGAGAACGUGAAGAAGGGGAGCAAGAUUGCUUGCGGUAUUACUGUGAGGACAAUAAAACCAUCUUGUUCGAGAAAUGGUUCCAUUGUGCAGACCUUGGAAAAGACCUGGUUCCAAUUGUCAAAUCAUUUUUCUCUUCUGAGCAGCACAAGACAGGAAAACCAAUUCCAGGUACUAUCACAGAUAACCCACCAUUUAAACUUGACACCACAACGAAACUGGCUGACCCAUUCUCUUUACAAAAGUGGGUUGAAGAAAAUAAAGAGGAAAUAAAAGAAAAAGGUUUGAAAGUUAUUUUUGAAAGUAACCAAACCAAGGUGAGAGUGCAUGGACCUGGUGAAUAUGCUACAGAUGGAGAGUCUGAAACCUGGCUUUGGCAAAUUAAUGGCAAUACAAAUUUCACCUGCAAUGGUGCUGACACUACCUUUGUGGAAAGUGAUGUCAUUUUGAUCCCUUCAGGAACCAAGUAUUCAUGUGUGAUACAGCCAAAUGGGUUGAUGAUUUCUGUAGUCAUGGACCCAAAAAUGAAAUAAAGGUAGUUGAAGAUGUCAUGAAAUUAAUUGUAUUGUGGUAACUUAAACACAGCACACCUGCAAUUUAAGGUAUUAGAUACCUGAGAAACUUUAGCAGUGGAAAGAUUGUAGACAACAAGUAAAACUUUAUAUCAAUAAAUAUUAAAAUAUUUUGCAAUAAACUGUUAAGUAACUACCAAUACAUAGGUUCUGUAUACCAUAAAGUACGUUCCUACAUGGUAAGCCAUCAAAAAUAAAUAUAUUUUUUUUAUAUUAACAUUACAUAAACCUCU